AGAGAGAGAGGGGGGUGGGGGAGCAGCUUCUUCCAUGGUGAAAGAGAUAACAAAGUGGAUUGAGAGAGAAAUGAAAGUGAAGGUUCAAAGGCAAGAAGCUUUUAGGUCCACCAACUAGUUGUUAGAGAUAGAAACUCAUUAACCAAACGUAUAUCCUCAACAACAACAAAGAAACAAAGCUGCUGCCGGAUAAUUCGAAAGAAUAAGCAAAGAGAGAAAGAGGUAGGCCAAGUCGAGUCGAGUCAAAUCGAGUCGAGCAGCCGAGAAAAGGGUUGUCCGAAGAUCGAACCCUCGACACAGCUCUGCUUAGGUUAUGGAGCAAGAACUUCGGAAAAACCAGAAACGGACUUUUCUUUUUCUUCCUAGUUGAUAUCAUAAAAGAGGAAACCAUAUAUAUAUAUAUAUAUAUAUAUAUAUAUGAUUAGUGAAAAAGUAGCCAAAAAAAGGAGAUAUAAUUUCAUUCAUUCCUCUCUCCUUCUCUCUCUAACCUUUUUGUGUUUGAAUUAUCAUCAUGGUUACAUUUUAUCUGAAGUAUCAAACUGCAGAUUGAAAAGAAGUCAUUACCAUGAUUUUCUAAGGUCUGGGUUUGUUUUAUUCUAUAUUUUUACUGGUGUAUCUACAAAAGUUUCGACGAAAAAGUGAAAUGUUUGGAGCUUAGGUUGUUGUUGUUGUACUGGGUUAUUGGGAUCUAAAAGUGUUUGAUUUCGUAAGGAUUUUGUUAUCAUCGUCGGAUCUGCUGGUGUCUUUGACAAUUCAUGUUCCCCACAAAUGUUGCUGGUUCCAAGUUUACUAUGUAAUCUGAGUUGAAAUGUCUACUUAUUACACCGGUUCGGAUAACCAAAGCGAUGCCGCUCCGAUGAUGUAUAUGCGAGAAUCAUCGCCUGGUUCAUAUGCAGAGGCACCAGUUCUUCCUGGUACCAUGAUGAUGCAUAUGAAUUCCAGUUCAUUUGCUGUGAAUCCUCAGCUGCAGCCGAGUAAUUGCAUUGAGAUUCAGGCUGUGGAAGCUUCGGAUUUGACUUCGCAGCAGCAAGAAAUCUUGUCGAGCCUCGACGGAUCACGAUUCGCGGAACAUGAUUUCGGUGCUUGGAGGGAUGGUAGGAAUGAAAUGCUUUCUAUGCAUCCAAUGGUUGGUACUGCUAACAUCCUUCACAAUGGUCUAAACUUGCAAGGUCAAGGAUUGUCACUAAGCCUUGGUACUCAGAUGCCCUUUGGGAUUCAAAUGCCUUCUAUCCCCCAUCGUAAUCCCUAUUCGGGUUUCGCUUCGUUCUUGAUUCGUAAUCCGUCACUUCCUUCUAGAGACGAGCAAUCGAGAAAUGCAGAUUAUCUGCCGCAUGGUUUUGCUGGAGCUAAUCAAGAUUCAUAUGGAAUGUCUGGUAUGUCCAGGACUAUUCCAAAUUCUAAAUAUGUCAAGGCAGCACAAGAGUUGCUCAAUGAAGUUGUCAAUGUUCCUAAGGCCGUAAAGCAGCCGGAUUGCGAGAAAAACCAAAACUCACAAGAUAACUGGACGAAGCGUUACAAAGAGGAUGGGGAAUCGAAGAAUGUGGCUUCAACCCAGCAAGACUCCGCCCAAAAAAACGGGCUUUCGCAUGCCGAAAGACAAGAACUACAAAGCAAGUUAACAAAGCUGUUGUACAUGUUGGAUGAGGUUGGUAGAAGGUAUAAACAGUAUAAUCAUCAGAUGCAAAUCGUAGUGUCAUCAUUCGAUGUGAUAGCCGGGUGUGGAGCCGCUAAGCCUUACACUGCAGUUGCGCUUCAAACUAUAUCCCGACAGUUUCGAUGCUUGAAAGAUGCAAUUAAUGAUCAAAUUCGGGCAACACGUAAAAGUCUCGGAGACCAGGAUGCUUCAGAAAAUGGUAAAGGAGUAGGAAUUACUCGUCUGCGUUAUGUCGAGAAGCAACUAAGGCAACAGAAAGCUCUUCAGCAGCUCGGUUUGAUGCAACCUCAUGCAUGGAGGCCGCAGAGAGGGCUGCCAGAAAACUCUGUUUCGAUUCUUCGUGCUUGGCUGUUUGAGCAUUUUCUUCAUCCCUACCCGAAGGACUCCGAGAAGAUCAUGUUAGCAAGACAAACGGGCUUAACUAGAAGUCAGGUUUCGAAUUGGUUUAUAAAUGCGAGAGUACGUCUUUGGAAGCCAAUGGUCGAAGAGAUGUACAAGGAAGAAUUUGCAGAUUUAGAGAUGGACUCCAUUUCUUCAUCUGAAAACGCAGUCAAAGCAAGAAAAGGCGAUACAAGGACCUCCAAGGACAGAGGUGAAGAUCUGCAACAAAGCGGGAGUUCAUCAACCACGGAGAGAUGUAGCGCCGGAGAGUUGGUGUAUUCCAAUUCCGACUGCGUCUUGGAUGUAGAUAUCGCUGGAUCAACAACCAGAGCUAGUUUCCAAUAUGUCACACAUGGAGACGCUGAAACUGAUUAUGGGUUACUGAGUCAGAGGACGAACCAGAAGCCUAAUGCGGAUGACUCUAAUAUCUUCCCAAAUGCAAUUACUCAUUCCGAUAGUACUAAUGCAAUUACUUACUCCGAUAGUGCUAGUGGUCGGUUUACGAAAGCUGCUACUGCUUCUUACCACAUGAAGGCAUUGGGGAGUUUCGGAAGCGGAAGUAGCAUCUCUCUUUCUUUAGGAUUGCAGCAUUGUGAAGAGGGUAGCAUACCUAUAUCAGGUGGAAGCCAUCAGAAUUUCAUUGCAAUGAAAGCAGAUGACAUAUACAAUCCUGCAACAUCUUCUGUAGGAGCUGAAACAACAGAUAUCGAAUACAUAAAUCCCGGUACCCGGCAGAACAGUUUCGGUUCCUCUCGUAUGUUGCACGACUUUGUAGCAUAAAGCCUUCAUGACCCGGAUUUACAUCAUUGAUCUUCAUUAUUCUGGUAUGGAAAGAACCUGAAGAGCUAGAGCGUGAUUCUCGACGCCACUGAGCAUUCAUCUUGCUUGCCAAGGUAUCGGAUAGAUUUAGACCUCUGCAUAUAUAACAGUAUAAACAUAGUCAUCGUAUAUAUCAAGAAAUUGUUUGGAAUGUCAGCAUAUUCGCCAACGGCAGUCUAGUAAAAUGUAUUUU